AUCAUGAUUCACAGCAAUAUCACCAUCAUCCACCCUGCAGUUUUUGUGCUACUUGGCAUCCCUGGGUUGGAGGCUUAUCACACCUGGUUGUCUGUACCCCUGUGCCUCAUGUAUGUCACUGCAGUCCUCGGAAACAGCCUCCUGAUAAUGGUCAUCAUCACAGAACGGAACCUUCAUGAACCCAUGUACUUUUUCCUUUCCAUGUUGGCCAUCACAGACAUCUUACUGUCCACCACUACUGUGCCCAAGGCCCUCGCCAUCUUUUGGCUCCAAGCCCACAACAUUGCCUUUGAUGCCUGUGUCACCCAAGUGUUCUUUGUCCACACAAUGUUUGUGGGGGAGUCGGCCAUCUUGUUAGCCAUGGCCUUUGACCGCUUUGUAGCUAUCUGUGCCCCGCUAAGAUAUGCAAUGGUGCUAACAUGGCCCAUAGUUGGGAGGAUUGCUCUAGCCAUUGUCAUCAGAAGUGUCUGUAUUAUCUUUCCAGUCAUUUUCUUGCUGAAGCGACUGCCAUUCUGCCGAACCAACAUUGUCCCCCAUUCCUACUGUGAGCACAUUGGGGUGGCCCGCUUAGCUUGUGCUGACAUCACUGUUAACAUCUGGUAUGGCUUUUCAGUUCCCAUUGUCAUGGUCAUUGUGGAUGUGAUCCUCAUUGCUGUGUCAUACUCACUCAUUCUCCGAGCAGUGUUUCGUUUGCCCUCCCAGGAUGCUCGGCACAAAGCGCUCAACACCUGUGGCUCGCACCUCUGUGUCAUCCUCAUGUUUUAUGUUCCAUCUUUCUUUACUUUACUGACCCAUCGCUUUGGGAGAAACAUUCCCCGACAUGUGCAUAUCCUGCUAGCCAAUCUUUAUGUGGUGGUGCCACCAAUGUUGAACCCCAUUGUCUACGGAGUGAAGACUAAGCAGAUCCGGGAGGGCGUGGUCCACUGGUUCUUGGACAUCAAGACUCAUUGUUGUUCCUUGCCUUUGGGAUGA